AUGGUUUCGGCCAAAUAUGACGCAAUCGUAUUUGAUCCUGUUUUCUUCCAACUACCACUCACAGAUACGGAAUUGUGUUCUUGCAUUCUGUCCGACAAAUGCCUUGUUGUACAACCAACGCAUACAAAUGAGUACACACAAAAGCUGGUGGUAGGACGUGACCAUCUGUCCUUUAAGCGGAAACUGAUAGUGGGGCUGGAGUUGAAGCUCAAACACAGAAUUUCUGCCAAUAAAGUGAAACCUGCAUGGCGCCUCUCCAACGUUAUGGAGGAUUCGAUUGUUCCGACCUCAGUCAGUAAAGCUAAACCUGCAUGGCGCCUCUCCAACGUUAUGGAGGAUUCGAUUGUUCCGACCUCAGUCAGUUGUAAUUUGUGUCUCUGGUAG